AUGCAACCAGGAAAAAUGAAUGGACUAUUUUUGACAAAAAUGUGGACAUUUCUGUCUGUUUUGGCGCUGGCAACACUAGAUGUCACCGGUAAGACACUCAAAUAUCAGGUUCACGAGGAGCAGAAGAUUGGCACGGUGAUUGCCCGUUUGAGGGACGAUGUCGCGGAUGUUCUUGCUAAACUUCCGAGCUCCGUGUCGCUGCGCUUCAGAGUGAUGCAAAGAGAGAGCUCGUCGUCCCUAGCGGUGCGCGAGCAGGACGGAGAAAUCAGCAUCAGGACGAAGAUUGACCGCGAGAAACUCUGCGAGAAGAACCUCAACUGUUCCAUUCAAUUCGACGUGCUGACACUCCCCACGGAGCACCUCCAGCUGUUUCACGUCGAGGUGGAAGUGUUGGACAUCAACGACAACGCACCCCAGUUCGCCCGCGCCGUGAUCCCCAUAGACAUCUCCGAGAGCGCGGCCGUGGGAGCGCGCAUUCCACUGGACAGCGCCACCGACCCCGAUGUCGGGGAGAACUCGCUCUACACGUAUGCCUUAGAGCCCAACAACUUUUUCAAGAUCGACAUCCAGUCCAGGACUGACGGGGCUAAAUAUGCAGAGCUGGUGGUGCUCCGAGAGCUGGACAGGGAGGUGCGCUCCGCGUAUGAACUUCAAUAUACAGCCUCUGAUAGGGGCGUUCCCUCGAGAACCGGUUCGACUCUUCUCAAAAUCAGUGUCGCGGACUCAAAUGACAACAGCCCCAUUUUCGACAAGUCGUCAUAUGUCAUUAAUCUCCCAGAAAAUGCACCUGUUGGCACGUUGCUCAUUGACUUAAACGCCACUGACGCGGAUGACGGCACGAACGCCAAAAUAAUCUACUCAUUCAGCAGUCACGUGUCGCCCAAAAUAAUGGAGACGUUCAAGAUUAACCCCGACAGCGGUCGGCUGACCCUCAUCCGGCGCGUGGACUAUGAGGCCGUUAACUCCUACGACAUUGAUGUUCAAGCACAGGACAUGGGUCCGAACUCCAUGCCGGCUCACUGCAAGAUCCUGGUCAAAGUAGUCGAUGUGAACGACAACAAACCAGACAUCAGCAUCAAUCUCAUGUCCUCUCAGGGGAAUGGGGAUGCCGCUUAUGUAUCUGAGGCUUCUCCCUUGGACACGUUUGUAGCUUUGGUGAGGGUGGAGGACUUGGACUCCGGGUUGAAUGGAGAGGUAGAGUGUAAACUUCACGGUCAAGGAUAUUUCAAACUGCAGAAAUCCUACGAGAACAACUACAUGAUUUUGACCAAUGUGUCUCUGGACCGAGAGAAGAGGUCAGAGUUCAGUCUGACAGUGGUGGCAGAGGACAGAGGGACCCCCAGUCUCUCUACUGUCAAACAUUUCACUGUGCAUGUGACUGAUGAAAAUGACAACCCACCACGCUUUGAGAAGGGCCAAUAUGAGAUCUUCAAAUCAGAGAACAAUGCUCCUGGAGCGUAUCUGACCUCCAUCAUGGCCACUGACCCUGAUCUGGACACCAAUGGACAGGUGAGCUACUCCAUCUUGGAGAACUCUGUUCACGGGAGCUCCAUCUCCACCUACGUCACCAUUGACCCCUCGAAUGGUGCCAUAUAUGCACUGCGUACAUUUGAUCGCGAAGAUGUUAGUCGCAUCUCCUUUGUUGUGCAAGCCAAAGACGCAGGGAAACCACUUUUAUUCAGCAACGCCACAGUUAUCCUGAAUAUUCUGGAUGAGAAUGACAACCCUCCAGUCAUCGUGGUCCCCCAGCUGUGGAACUUCACUGCUGAUGUGCCUGCAUCAAAGUUCACAGAGGCUGGACAGUUAGUAACCGCGGUCAGGGCGACUGAUCGUGACACAGGGGUCAACGCUGAGCUCAUUUGCUCUAUUGUCAGUGGCAACGAAGAGGCCUUCUUCAUUAUUGACCCAAGAACGUGUGAAAUCCAUGCCAAUGCCAGCCUGGAGAACUUCCCCCAUGAGCACGUUGAGUUGACAGUCAUGGUCAGAGAUCAUGGAAGGGAGAGUCUCAGUGCUAAAGCGGCAUUAAAAAUCACCCUCUAUGAGAACAUGGAGAACCACGUCCAGGUGAUGGACCAGGGGGAAUCUUCUAUUGAUGCAUCCCUGAUUAUCAUCAUCUCCCUGGGGGCCAUCUGCACCGUGCUCUUGGUCAUCAUGGUGGUGUUUGCUGCUCGCUGUAACCGGGAGAAGAAGGACACAAGGCACUCCUACAACUGCCGGGUAGCAGAAUCGACCCACCAGCACCAUCCCAAGAAGCCCUCGCGCCAAAUCCACAAAGGUGAUAUCACCUUGGUUCCGACAGUGAACGGCACCCUGCCAAUCAGAGCUCACCACCAUUCGCCUUCGUCCACGCCCCCGAUGGACCAAGCCCAGAUGGGGAGCCGGCAGAAUCACCACAGCCGCCAAUCCUUAAACAGCCUGGUGACCAUCUCGUCCAAUCACAUUCCAGAGAGCUUUGCACUGGAACUGGCGCACGCAACUCCACCAGUGGAGCAAGUCUCACAGCUUCUGUCCAUGCUCCAUCAGGGCCAGUACCAGCCCAGACCCAGUUUCCGUGGCAACAAAUACUCCCGCAGCUACAGAUAUGCAUUACAAGACAUGGACAAGUUCAGCCUGAAGGACAGUGGCCGUGGGGACAGCGAGGCAGGAGACAGUGACUGUGACAUGGGUCGGGACUCCCCCGUGGACAGACUGCUGCUGGGGGAGGGAUUUUCUGACCUGAUCCACCUCGAAAUGCACCAUCGACUCCACCCAGCUAUGAGACUGUGCACGGAUGAAUGUCGCGUCCUGGGACAUUCUGACCAGUGCUGGAUGCCCCCCAUCUCCUCGCCGGCUUCCUCUGACUACCGCAACAACAUGUACAUCCCUGGGGAGGAGUCCUCCCAGCAGCCUCAGAUUGAGGAUGACCAGUCCUCCGUUGACUCGGAGCGGCGCAAGAGCUUCUCCACUUUUGGCAAGGAGUCUGGGAAUGAAGAGGAGGGGGGAGAUGUCACCGGAGGAGGAAGUGAUGCUUGUGUGGCUGGAGGAGGGGCUGGCUCCCUCCUCACGGAGAUGAACUCUGUGUUCCAGCGGCUCCUGCCCCCUAAUAUGGACUCAUAUGCAGAGUGCACUGAAACAAGUCCACCCUCUUCCUCGUCAACCACUGAGAGAGGAAGUGGGCGUGGUGGAAACAUUGCAGGUAACCAUAGUAACAAUGCUGUCCCUCAAGACAACCGAAGAGGAUUGUUGCCAGGUGGGAAAGGCCCUGCUUACCCCCCAGGAGUGGCUGCAUGGGCGGCCAAUACCCACUAUCUAAAUCCUGGAAGUGGAUCAACAGGAACCAAUCAUGUCUCCGCCUCUCCCUCCUCAUCAUCCUCCACCUCCACUUCCACCUCAACCAAUGGACAGCCGCCACAUCUCAAAUGGCUGCCAGCCAUGGAGGAAAUCCCAGAGAAUUAUGAGGAAGAUGACUUUGAUGGCGUCUUCCAUCAAGGCGGCAAGCGAAGUGAGAGCCGACAAGAGGCCAGCAUGGAUGCUAGCGAGCUGGUCCAUGAGAUUAACAAACUGCUGCAGGACGUCAGACAGAACUAGAGAGGGGAAAGGCAUAGCAUGGUUUCACCUCAUUCCGGAAA